AAAAAUCUUCCCACAAUCUACUAGCCAUUCAAACUAGUAAAAAAUGGGGAUGCACAAGAAGAAAAAACGCGAGAAAAAACGCGAGAGAAGAAAUCAGAUACCGUCGUUUAAAAGUGUUUUAACUUCGAUAUUAGCUACACAAGCCGCAAUAUUCCUCUUGUUGCUCGCCGGUGUAUCCCUCGCCGGCACAGCCGCCGCAUUUAUCGCUACCAUGCCACUAUUCAUAGUAUUCAGUCCGAUUCUCGUACCAGCUGGUAUUACCACUGGUUUACUGACUACAGGUUUAGCAGCCGCCGGUGGCGCCGGUGCGACGGCUGUCACCAUCAUCCUGUGGCUCUACAAGCGAGCAACGGGCAAGGAACCACCCGCAUUCCUACCAAAAAUCUUGAAAAAGAUAAUACCUGGCGCCGAAGGUGCUGCAGCUCCAGCAGCCGCGCCGGCAGCCGCACCAGCAGCCGCCCCGGCAGCCGCACCAGCGGCUAAGCCAGCCGCACCAGCGGCUAAGCCAGCUGCACCAGCAGCUAAGCCAGCUGCACCAGCUAAGCCAGCUGCACCAGCGGCUAAGCCAGCUGCACCAGCGAAGUGGUGGGCAUGA